AUGGCUGUGGAGCUGGAGGUCAUGGGAAGUAAUUCAGGCCACGUGCUGGGUGUGUAUGACCGGGCCAUUCCAAACUUCGAGAUGUGGCGCGGAGCCUUCCUCGUGGGCGACAGCGUCUUCGCCUACAUCUUCAUUGUGGACGUGCUCGUCCGCGUCUCCGUGCUCCGGAGGAAGUUCUUCACUGUUUGUCGCUUUGGAGACGAGUUGGCGCCGGCCUUUUUCGCGGUCUCCGCGGCCUCCGUUCGACCAGCGGAGACGGAGGGAAAAGACGGGACGUUGGCAGUAGGGAGUUACACCAAAAUGGAAGAUAUCGACCAUGUAUGUUUUGGUCUUUCAUUGAUUUGGACUGGUCAACCAAUAUCCUCGCUUUUGCCACAUGUUGCCUUUUGCGACAUCGUCAUUUGCUUUGGUUACCAGCGAUUUGAAUGUGACCCCAAAUUCCACACGGAUACAUGUGGUGAUGCCCAUUCCGUGAUGCUAUUAUUGGACACAAGGGGGAAACUCACCAAGUUUGUUGGAAUUGUCGGAGGUCAUUGGAUCAUUGCUUCCAAAGACAGUGCGAGUUCAAAUGCUUGGGCUUACGUCAUGUGGAUGACAGAUGACGAUGUUUUUUCCAUGUGUUUCCCUUUGCAGGGGGCAGUGUUUGGUGAUGUUUCUCCUCGACAUCAAUGUGGCGGCUAGAGACACACGAGAGAACCGAACCAUAGCACAUUGUCCCACGAGCCAGAAGCAAGACAAAUCACCUCAGAUCCGCACAUUUCGAAGCAGUCUGACCUUAAUUUCAAUUCGGGUUGAGGAGAGGCUUGAGCUUUUCAGGUUUGAGCACCAGUCUGUGGGUUUUCAACCAGUCGUCAAGCAUUUGGGAGGAUGUA